AUGUCGAGUGGAGGAGGUCAGGAGGGUCAACAGGUCAGUCGUGUUCCACGUAACCUCCAUCUGUCUGACAAGCCUCAGGCCAUGCAUGCACCCUAUCCUCCACGAUUUGCUGGCGUCGGCGGCAGAGCGAACGUGGGAGUGGAUGUUCCCAUCAGCGCCGUCUUCCUCUUCCUUUUCGUUGUCGGCGCAGCUACGCACAUGACCAUCUUUCAGCUCAAUAUGCGCAAAGGCCACAAAUUUAUCAUGAGCGCCAUGACCUUUGGCUUGUGCAUGGCGAGAAUCCUUACCAUGAUCCUGCGAAUUGUGUCGGCAUGCUAUCCCCACGACGUUCAAAUCGCCAUCGCGGCUCAGAUUUUUGUGUCAGCUGGUGUGCUUAUUCUCUUCAUCCUCAACCUCAUAUUCGCUCAACGCCUCCUCCGAGCGGCACAUCCUCACUUUGGCUGGCAUAGAGGGUUCUCGAUCGCCUUCCAGGUGCUGUACGCUUUGGUUGUGGCCAUGUUGGUUAUGGUCAUCACAGCUACCAUCCAGUCCUUCUACACCCUCAACCCGCACACCUUAAUCGUGGACCGAGACCUUCAGCGCACUGGCGGCACUUACUUCAUGUUCGUUGCAUUCCUGCCCAUUCCUAUGGUUAUCAUUGGCUUGCUCGUUCCGCGAAAGACUCGGCUUGAAAAGUUCGGCUCUGGUCGCUGGCGGUCCAAGAUCGCCAUCCUGCUCGCAUCAGCAACACUUCUCACCCUCGGUGCAGCUUUCCGUGCUGGCACCAGUUUCAAGAACCCUCGCCCAAUCAGUGAUCCAGCAUGGUAUCAUGCCAAGUGGUGCUUCUACUUCUUCAACUUCACUAUGGAGAUUAUCGUGGUAUACCUGUAUGCGCUGGUACGAGUCGACCGUCGAUUCCACAUCCCCAACGGCAGCAAAGGCCCAGGAGACUAUACUCGACAAGGUGACGAGCGUGACACCGAGAAGGACGAUCGCCCCAACAGCCAUGAUAGUGUCUAUAGGAUCAUGUCGGAAGAGGAGGUUUUCGACGAUGUCUCGCCCGGCGACGUGCACACCGCCAAAGACGAGGAGAGUGGUCAGCAUUCGAGACCGGUGAACGCAUCAUGA